CAUCAAAUGUCAUUUGGUUGACAGAAAAAAAUAUUAAUUUGAUUGAUUUUGUUCACUUGUUGGUUGGUGAUUGUGUAACAUUAAAAUAAUGCUAUCGAGGAUUACUUUACGAUGCAACAAGCUAUGCGUGUUGCCAAGAUUUUAUAGCGAGGGAGUUGGUCAAAAUCAGGGACCAGCUGCGCCAUCUAAACCUGCUGCGGCACAAGUGCCAUCUGAUGUUCCUGGACUUAGCAGCAAUGUUGUCCAUCCUGCAUCCCAGCCCGUCGGUCCUGGAGUUGACCCAAGCAAGAGUGGAGCCUACAAAGUCCCCGAAUACUUCUGCUAUGACAAUAUGAGCUUUUUUGAAGCUGAAAUUGAGAUGUCCAAGUUCAGAUUACCGCAACCAUCCGCUCUCAAAAAGCAAUGAAUGAAUUCUAUUGUACUGCAUUAGUUUAUUGUUAAUUAGUGACUGUAAUAAAUUAAAUUGUUUGUAUCUUGUUUUUAAUUUUGCAAUCUAAUAUGAUAGGAACAACAUUAUACAUACAUAUUGUAGACGUAAAUACUACUAUCCCAUUACUUCUCAACCAAGCCUGUAAGAUGUAAACAACAAUGAUUCUCUAAUUGGAAAAUUAGUGUGAUGCAAUUAAAUUUUAUAUGAUUCAUCAAGCUAUUGACUUACAUGUAUUUCUUUUCAAUGACGGGUAUUGAAAUAAAAUAGUGAUGUUUUAA